CGCCAUUUGUACUACUUUCGUUAACCUGAGAUUUCUUGACUCUUGUUGUUCAUCAACCCUCCCCGUUACGCCCCUUUCAUGGUACGCCUCUGGACCUACGGACACCCAGGAAUCGCUCUGAUUCAAUCGUCUCGCAGUGCAAUGAGGAAAAACCUACACUGAACUUAUUGCGAGUUAUUUGCCUCUGCAACAGAAGUUUUGUGCCCAGGAGAAGUCAUUAACAAGAAAAGAAAUGUCAAGUGAUUCGCCCACAAGAGAGGAUGUCGAGGCCAGCAAGAACAAGGUGGACAAUAAAGAGUGUGGAGUGUGCGGCGACAAAGCCUUUGGUUACAAUUUCAACGCUGUCACAUGUGAAUCUUGCAAGGCUUUUUUCCGAAGAAAUGCCUUGAAAAAUAAGGAAUUCAGGUGCCCCUUUACUGGAAAUUGCAGCAUCACGGCAGUCACCAGACGAUUCUGCCAGAAGUGUCGACUGCAGAAAUGUAUCGACAUUGGUAUGAGAAAGGACUGGAUUAUGUCCGACGAGGACAAACAGCUGAAGAAGAUCAAAAUCGAGCAAAACAGGGCAAAAAGACGAGACAGCCGAGGAAAGAUGUUGGAUUGUAUUAGGCCAACAAAGGUUAUGAAGCUAGAUGAAGAAGAGGACACCGGAGGCCUGCCUGAGAGCCCCUCGACUACCUCGUUUUAUCCCUCCAGUCCAUCAAGCUCUUCAUCUUCCGUAGCUGUGAGUGUCAUCACCUCACCCCAACCACGGCUCGAGGCUGCCGAAGGAGCCUUACCUGUUCCUGCUCAGCCCAUUGCAGGGGCCAGAGAAUCUGUGUGCGCUCUGCCCCUACUCUCGUCACUAAUCGGGCCUUCGUCGGGGGAAAACUUGUCUUCCGACUCAGCCGAUGUACAUGAUGCAAGGGGCAGUGGGUCAUCUUUAGAGGAAGAGUCGAACAUCAAAUUUGAGCCGCUUUCACCACCUGGUUUGCCGCCGUUGCCAACUGCUUUUUUGGCAAUUCCAUCACCAAAGAGCACCGUGUGUUCAUUUAAUGGUGGUGACAAUCAGACGGAGGAAAACUCGGAUGCUUUCAUGCCGUCAGCAAGCAUGAAUAUUUGUGAGCCAAACUCUAUUGAGUCGAUACUGAGUGAGGCCAUAAAACUUGAGUUUGAAGCUUAUGGUGCCCGAGCUGCAGCUAACAACAACCGCCCGCUUAAUGAGUCUGAGCGAGCCAAACUAAACGAACUUGUAUUGGCUAACAAAGCCCUGUUGGCUCCAUUGGACGACGACCUAAAUGCUCUUGUUGGAGAAGACUCCAAAUUCAAUGACGGGCAGGGUCCUAUGCUGCUAGAUGUCAUAAACUUGACUGCAAUUGCGAUUCGAAGGUUGAUCAAAAUGGCCAAAAAGAUCAGCGCCUUCAAAAAUAUGUGCCAAGAAGACCAAGUAGCUCUGCUGAAAGGUGGCUGCACUGAAAUGAUGAUCCUUCGAAGUGCCAUGACUUAUGAUCCUGAUAAUGCUGCAUGGAAGAUACCUCAUAGUCAAGAGCGUCUAAAUGUUAGAGUUGACGUUCUAAAGGAGGCAAGAGGCAACAUUUACCAGGAGCACCAGCGCUUUUUACAAACCUUUGAUGCUGCCUGGCGUAACGACGAAAGCAUAAUGUUGCUUUUAGGUGCCAUCACGCUGUUCACCCCAGAUAGGGCUAAUGUGGUCCACCAGGACGUUAUCAAACUUGAACAGAAUUCCUACUACUACCUAUUGAGGCGAUAUCUUGAAAGCAAAUUUCAAGGCUGCGAGGCAAGGUCUGUCUUCUUGAAACUUAUCCAGAAGAUGGCCGAACUUCAUAAACUCAAUGAAGAUCAUGUGCGCGUGUACCUUGAUGUCAACCCUAGAGAUGUGGAGCCACUGCUGAUUGAGAUUUUUGAUCUCAAGCAGCGCUAAGUCAGUUUCAGGUUAAUAAUUUUACAACAACUCUCCUAAACAAAACCUAAAAAGCAAACCCGGACUGGUGCAAAUCUUUCCAACCCUUCAUUUAGGCAGCCGACUUAAAAAGUGUGUGGCUAGCCAGGCUCGUAAGUCCUAUUUUAAAAGAGCCUCGGUCCGAUGGGAGUUUUCCCCCCACAGACCAGUCCGAGCCUGCUGCUAAGUGAUUUUGUUUAUUGUGAUGCCUUGGCCUUGUGAUGAAAUUCUUGCUUAAUUUAAAACUUGUUAAUGUUUAUUACGUUUAUUAUAAUCAUAUUUUAUCCACAUUGGGUUAAACUUUUUAUCCACAGUAUGUGGAUUUUGAAAUAAGGUACAUUACAUUAUUUUAUGCUGCUGAUUUGUGUGCAUCAAUGAACAAUACAAUUAUUACCAAUUCAUCUGAAGUAAUCAUCGAAUAUUCUCUGCAACUGCGCAAACAACCUUUCUUUCCCCUAAACAAAUGUUCUAAAUAAACUAGCAUAA